AUGGGCCGCGGCUCCGGCAGCGCGGAGCUGGCCAUGGCCGCACCGCCCGCCCGCUGCCCCGACUGCCCGGGGCCGGAGCGGGGGGGCGGCGGCGCGACCCCCGCCGUGCCACACCUCGGCAUUGCGGUGGACGAGGGGGACGUGCUGCCCGGGGCGCUGCGGAUCGUGCGGCGGCUGAGACCCGCCUGGGAGCCGGCCACGGUGAAGACCAAGCUCUUCACUGACGGCAUCACCAACAAGCUGGUGGCCUGCUACACGGACGAGGGCAUGGCGGACGCGCUGCUGGUGCGGGUGUACGGCAGGAAAACCGAGCUGCUGGUGGACAGGGAGACGGAGCUGAGGAAUUUCCAGGUGCUCCGAGCCCACGGCUGCGCCCCCGACCUCUACUGCGCCUUCCAGAACGGGCUCUGCUACCAAUUCCUGCCAGGAAUCGCGCUGGGACCCGACCACGUGAGGGAUCCUCACAUCUUCAGGCUGGUGGCCCGGGAGAUGGCCCGAGUCCACGCCAUCCACGCCAACGGGAGCCUCCCCAGGCCCAUCCUGUGGCAGAAGCUGCACAAAUACCUCAGCCUGGUGAAGACAGAGCUCAGCCCAAAGGUAUCCAACGCCAGCCUCCCGCGGGACGUGCCCAGCCCCGAGGCGCUGGAGCAGGAGCUGGCCUGGAUGGAGGAGACGCUGUCGCAGCUGGGGUCCCCCGUGGUGCUGUGCCACAACGACCUCCUGUGCAAGAACAUCAUCUACGACAGGACACGAGAGCGCGUGCGCUUCAUCGACUACGAGUACACGGGCUACAACUACCAGGCCUUCGACAUCGGCAACCACUUCAACGAGUUCGCAGGUGUGAAGGAGGUGGAUUAUGGCCUCUACCCCAGCAAGGAGACGCAGCUGCAGUGGCUGCACUCUUACCUGCAGGCCUACAAGGAGCUCACCCAGGGCCACCCAGGUGACAGCCAGGUGUCCCAGGAGGAGCUGGAGACCCUCUACGUGCAAGUGAACAAGUUCUCCUUGGCGUCCCAUUUCCUCUGGGGCUGCUGGGGGCUGAUCCAGGAUAAAUAUUCCACCAUAGACUUUAAUUUCUUACGAUAUGCAAAGUUAAGGUUUAAACAGUACUUCAAGAUGAAGCCGGUGGUCACAGCCCUGCAGCUCCCCAAGUAGGGGCCACCCCGAGCUCUCCUGUCCUGGCCGUGCCCUCGCGCCCCCCUCGCCCCUCGCCCAGCCCGGCCGUGGUGCCAAGGGGGACAAGAGGAGCCCUGCCCCGGCCACCACCGCUGCCAGGAGAGCCUGGCCACCCCUGAGACUGGACCAUGAGAUGCUGGAGAGGACCAGGGCCCCGGCGAGGCCCCAGCCCAUGCCAGGAAGCCUCACCACCGCCUUAACGCUGAGCCCCGCUCGGCCCCGGUGCCCGGCAGGUCCGUGCCCCGCUGGCACUGCUGCUGCUGCUGCUGCCUGGCACUGCCCCUUCCCCCUGCGCUGGCCCCGAGGGGGACACGGGGUCACCCCGGCCGCUGAGGGCCCCCAGAGCUGCCCCACUUUGGUCACUUUGGCUGCCCCAGCGUCCCCUCCUGCCCUGCUGGGUGCCACCCCCGAGGCAACGCAGUCCCAGGUCCCUGGUGGCCCCAGGGAUGGGGCCCUGGUCCCUUUGGGGUGGCAGCUGUGGGCAGAGGGGCAGUGCCAGCCGUGAGCCCCUGGCACCAGUGGGGUGCUGCUGGUGGGCACGGGGGGUGCCCAGCCUGGGGGUGUUCACCCGCAGCUGCCCCUGCCUGUCCCCACUGUCCCCUUGGCUUGGUGGCUUUUCCCGCCAUCCCCAGCUCUGCCCCCAGAGUCAGGGGGAUUCAGGGACAUCCAGGGGGGUCUGUCCUGCCUGUCCCCACCCAUCCAGCUCCUGGUGGCAAUCAGGGCCCUGUGCCCUGCCCCUGGCUGUGGUGACAAGGUGACCGUCCCUUCUCUGGGCACAGGGAUGUCCCCCAGGGCUGCUGGCACAUCCGUGUUUGUUUCGGUGGGAAAUUAAAGCUGCUGGUAGCUGGAAUUUGGGGCUGGUGGAUCUGGGGCUGGAGCAGGGGCAGCCCCCCCCGGGCUCUGGGGGUGCUCCUGUCCCUUCUGUUCCCCGAGAUGUCCCCAUCCAACCCAGGCCCCACUCUCUGCUCCAAAAAGUCACUUUUAUUGUGCCAAGGGCCAGGGGGAGGGACGAUUGUAAACAGGGAUGUGAAAUAUACAGGUUAAGUUACUCGUCGUCUUAUUAACAAAAUAA